UCCCUCGACCGGAUGUAACCUGUCCACCAAGGCAUUGUGGGAAGUCGUCCUGUCCCUUUGUCCUUGUGCUGCUCCUUCUCUCAGCUGCACACACAACGCAACAACUGCGCCAAAAUGUUCAGACAACUCGUGUGUUUGUACCAACAGGGACUUCGGCAGCUUUCCAGCCGCACCGUUACCAGCAGCGCCAGCAGACCGAUGGAGAACUCUGUGAAGCAAAAACAAAAACUCUUUCAGGAGGAUAACGGUCUACCCGUCCAUCUUAAAGGCGGCACGAGGGACGCUCUGCUCUACAGAGUCACAAUGACUCUCACUGUGUUCGGGGCUGCGUUUGUAGUGUAUGAGCUCUUCAGUGCAGCAAUGCCCAGGAAGCCACACUGAGGGGGGAUGGACUUCUUAAUUUAUCUGAUGCAACAAUCAUCGCAUCAUGACCGUAAUUUAUAAACUCUGUCCAGAAUUUUAUCCUGGGAGUCCGAUGAAUCACGAUAUGUUUCAUGUUUGAAAUGUAUUUGUAAAAAAUAACGAGCUGCAAAUAAUAAUAAACGUUUUUUAAACUUA